AUGUCUGAGCAGUUCUUAGGCACUUGGAAACUCAUCUCCAGUGAAAAUUUUGAUGAGUAUAUGAAAGAAUUGGGAGUAAGUUUUGCCCAAAGGAAAAUAGGCAGCCUAGCCAAACCCCAAGUGACCAUCACCCUGGACAAAGAUGUUACCACCAUUAGAACAGAGACUGGCUUCAAGAUUAAUGAAAUCUCCUUUCGACUGGGCCAAGAGUUUGAGGAAGUAACAAUGGAUAACAGGAAAGCCAAGAGUAUUAUAACCAGGGACAAUGGUGGACUGAUGCAUGUGCAGAAAUGGAAUGGCAACCAUACAACCAUCAAAAGAAAAUUAGUACAGGGGAAAAUGGUGUUGGAAUAUACCAUGAAUGACAUCACCUGCACUCGGGUCUAUGAAAGAGUAUAA